CCCAAGCUGCUGAGACAAACAGGAGACAUCAGUGGAAACCCUGUGAGGAAAGAGAGCAGGAAAAACAAGGGACAAGACAGACUGGAAGAGGCUUCAUCUGCUGGAUUAUUAUUCUGUAAAGAAGACAGCCUUAACCACCUYGUCUCUUAGAGCUGUGAGGACCUCUCUCUGUGCUCCAGAAGAGACUGCCUCACGCUUGGAGACCAUGAGCGAGACGAAGAAAGGGGAGCUAGCCAUCCGGGACAAAGCCAUCCUGCACCAGCAGAGGCGUCUCAAACAAGCCACGCAGUUCACACACAAGGACUCAGCUGACCUCCUGCCCCUGGACGGACUCAAGAGACUCGGCACGUCCAAAGACCUGCAACCUCACAGCAUUGUCCAGCGACGUCUGCUGGAGGGAAACAUCACGCGGCUGCGAGGGGAAGCCCGAGACCAGAGCACCAGGGUCCGCUCCCCUCUGGCUGACAGCAAGGACGGGCCCGCCGAAGCCGAGGAGAGGAGCGAGAGCACAGCGGACGACUCGACCGAGGAGAGGGAGUCCUUUGAGGAAAGCGAGAAAAGCCUCCGAUCGGACGAGGAGGAGGAAGACGACAGCGAGGCCGGAGCUCGACGCUCAGCCGAGAAGCCCGAGAGCUCGAGCUGCCUCGGAGCUUUAAUUAUUCAGUGCAAGUGCUGCGAGACUGAAGUCAAGGCAUCCAUCAACACUGGCAGCGUACACAACCACAUCUCCACCUCCUGCUGUCAGAGGCUGGGCCUGGUGCCCAGUGAACACAGGUCGCCUCAUGGUGUCAGCAGCUCUGUGACGAGUCUGCAGCUGCAGCUGGGCACAGAGACCGUCAGGUGCUCAGCGUAUGUGAAAGUGCAGCCUGGAUCUGAACAGCCGGGUCCUGAAGCUUCAUGGCGAUGGCGAGGACCUGCCCUUCUUGAACACUGUAACAGACGGCCGGUGCCAACACGACACCAACAAAAACCUGUGAGCCGCAGCCGCUGCUUGCAGCGGUGUGGAACGAUGCUGUUUGUCUCUGGACCGUCCAAUCACAAUGUCUCUUACUGCCAGAACAUGGACGAGCAUCCACCUCGGUCAAUCUCAAGUUUACAUCUCUGUGUUUGCUAAAUYUAGAUACUGACCACGAUUUUCUCUUAUUCUCAAUUAGUCUACCUUUUGGAGCAAAUUCUACCCCUCUAAGGUUGUUCUUUUUUAUGAUUAAUAAUCUGUAUAUCAGUAAUCUGUGUUCUGCUGCUUCCGUACACUAAAGUCCUCUGAAAGCAUUAACACAGUAAUUGAAGGUGUACUUAAGUAGAACAUGUUGUAAUUUGAUUGUGAUAAAUUGCGUUUGAAAUAACCUGAAUUCUUUAAAAAGCAAACUGCAACCUUUAUAAUUUUUCAGUUUAGAAAGUGGUUUAAAUUGAAGGCUUUGACAAAAAAAUAAUUCAGACAUCACCAUUAAAACCAAAUAUACGCAGCACUUUUUAAACACUGAUGUUUGGGAAAUAAGUAAACCACUCUGAUCAAAUCAAACUUAUCCCUCCAGGUACCCAGAAUGCAAUGUUUUGUAAUGUUAUAUCCCAGCCUAAUUAUCUACAAACAUCUCCAAAUUCAAUAUGUUUAGUUUUCAUCUAAUAMUUGCAAAUUAUUAAUAAUUUCAACAAUUUAUGCUGUUAACAGUUUUGCCAUACAUCCGUAUUUAAAGACUAAUUCUAAAAAGUAUUUUAGGAAAUGUGAACUCAGUGUCUUGCAUAAGAUGCCUUCUCCGUCGAUUAAAAGAGUUUAAAUGUGUUUGAACUUAAUGUGGAAUUAGGAUUAGAAAAGCACAGAUUUUAAGGAUGUACGGAUGUUUAUUGUAGUUCUUUAAGUUGUUAUAUUGGAAUUUCCUAAACUUUUUUUCAACCUUUCACCACAAAACUGAUGAGGUUUCAUUGGCUCUAAACUUUUCAGUAACCUGGAUUUUAUUAAAGGUAUUUUCCAGACAGUUAAAUACGUCUGAGUCAGACUCAGAAACAACAAAUAUAUCAAAACAUUCCAUCUGCAUGUCAAAUUUUUGCCUUUGUAAAAGUCUGCAUGUAGUGUAGUGGUCAAACUGUCACGUUGAAAGUGUGUAGGGGCUGAAUGUGUGCGUGUGUGUUUAAAUACAAGUCAAGGGUUUUCUUCCCUGUUUUAGCUCCUAGUUCAAAUGGGAAAAAAGUAAAUAAUUCCAUUUUUUCCCUAAACGAGCUCCGAAAAGAAUAAUCUGCCAAAAAGCAACCCCAGCUGCCUUCCUUCUCUGCCUCGUUCUGAUGUUUUUAAAGCUCCUGGUUGUGGCUCAUUCUUUGUCCAAACAUUUGGUCUUUUUUGUACAUCUUUCUGUUAUGUGCUGCACUGAUGAAUCUAAUUAUGUUGCUAAUUUGUUUAUAACAAAAUUAUGUAAAAAAAAGGUUCUUGCCUCCAUUUUCAUCUUUGUUUUAGGUACAGAAUAUCAGGAACUGCUUGCUGAAGGCUAUCAUGCUCUGCUUUAAUAAAACCCGAGCCACAAUGUGCUUUUAAUUGUGCAACACAUCUAACUGGUUUCUGGAGCCACACAUAUUGGCAAAGCUAGUUUCCCUUUGAUGUAUUAGUGAUCUUACCAUGCUGUGUGAAAAAAGUUUGAUGUAUUAAAGAAAUUUAUUUUUGGUGUUUCUUUUUCUGAAUAUUAUUUUCUCUGCUCAAUAAAAUAUGUAUUCUGGCUA